AUUCGCAGCUCCCCCCUUUUUCUUUUUUUAUCAGCGUCUUCAUCGUCGCGAAGACAAAGAGGAGCUCCGCAAAGUGAAGAUGGGCUGCCAUUUGUGCUGGGAGAAGCCGCUGUUUUAAACUCACUUCCUUUUUUUGUUGUUUUUUGUUUUGCAAGCGUCCCCGCCCGGAGGCUUAGAAAGGAGGCGCCGGUCCUCGGGGACUCUCAGCGGGUUGGGAUGCGCAGAGAUGUGAGUGUAAAAUAGAGCGAGCGGGGGAUUGUGAUUGGCCGCGCUCAUCUCUGAAAGCUGCCAAGGAGCAUCGGGCGAGGCAUGUUAGAGAAUUCACAGGGAAGCAUCAAACUUGGAGAAGACGAGUGUCGACGCGUCCGCAGCAGCGUCAGACUGUGCAGGUAAACUUGCAUCGUUUCUCCGCUCGACAGAAGAGGCGGAAGCGCUCUCCGUGGUGCUGAAACGGGUGGGCUUGGCUGUUCAACUAGUGAAGAAGAGGAGAGGACUGUGUUACUUUGUUUCCUGGCGUCAUGGUAGAUGUUGGAGCUCUGAUUAGGACCUAUUACAUACGAACCUUCCUGUGCCGUGUCAUGGUGUGGAUGAAGUUAAGGGUGGAAAUGGAUUCCCGGUGGAUGCGACUAAAGAGAAUGCCUCGCUCAUUCUGGUUCAUCCUGCUUUUUGGAGUUGGAGGUGCGCUUCUCUUCCUUCACCUGGAGGACCUGUCAGAGAUGCUUCUGUCACAAGCCCCUGGAGCGAUGUUCCAAAGCUCUCCACGGCAGUCCAAAGAGGGCCUCCAAGCUGCAGAAGCCAACCCCGUCUCCCCAAUGCAGCACCCGAACGUUGAGGAGAGCAAACUGAAAGCUGCAACCGUCUCUCAGGAGCAGGAAAUCAGCUCCCCUCAAAUUACCAAGAGACAACGCAAACUACUGAAAACAAGUCCUCAGAUCAUUCACAGCAAAAAUGUCUCACUAACUUCUCCUCCUGGUUCUACUCUAGAAGAAAGCUCUACUAACCUCUUCAGGAUAGUAGAAACAAGGAAGCAGGUAAUGAAGAACAUGUGUGCAAAAUAUAAAAGCGGCAUCUCCAGGACAAUCACCCCUAAUCAUGUGAAGUACAUAUAUGUGGAGGAUAAAUACAAAGUACUGUACUGUGAGGUGCCCAAAUCAGGUUGUUCCAACUGGAAAAGAACCCUUAUAGUGCUGUCGGGGAAGGCAUCCAACCCGGACAGUCUUAAACAUGAACAGGUACACUACGGAGGGUUCCUCAAGACCCUCAACAGGUACGACCAAAAGGAAAUCAUGCACCGUCUACAAACCUAUAAAAAAUUCAUGUUUGUGCGCGAGCCCCUCGAUAGAGUCGUCUCGGCAUACAGGGACAAGUUUGAGAAUCCCAACGACUACUACCACAAACUGUUUGGAAAACCCAUCAUAUCAAAGUACAGGGUGACCCCAUCUGCAGAAGCCCUUCAAACUGGCAAUGGGGUAACAUUCAAGGAGUUUGUCCAGUACUUGCUGGAUGGCCACCGGCCGGUGGGAAUGGACAUCCACUGGGAGCAGAUGAACAAGCUCUGCCACCCCUGUCUCAUAGACUACGACCUGAUCGGUAAGUUUGAGAACAUGGAGGAGGAGUCUGACUUUCUCCUGCGGAUGAUCGGAGCACCGCAAACCCUGAAGCUACCUAGUUUUAAAGACAGGAAUCCAAAAGAUGCACGGACCUCUAAAGGAAUCACAGAAAGAUACUUUUCUCAACUUAGCUUAAUGGAGAGACAGAGAGUUUAUGACUUCUACUACAUGGACUAUCUGAUGUUUAACUACUCCAAGCCUUUUAAUGAUCUUUACUAAUCUGUCAUGUGCCAUUGCUCUGUAAUCAGUUACAUUCCACAUCUGCAUCUAUACAGUGAUAUUGAUCUUAACCACAAAAACAUAAUCAGUCAUAUCAUUUGGUACCAAAUUGACAAAAAUGUUUUUUUUUCAAAGUUUUAGACUUUAUGGACAUUAAUCCUAGAUUAAGUGGAAGUUGUUAUAGAUGUAGGUAGUUAUGGGCAAUAGAAAUGAGAGUGCUCUUAAAAAAACUACUGUUUUUAUUAAAUGAAAAUAUCCUGAGUAAAUCAGAAGGCAGUUUGAAAGUGCAUUGAGAAAAAAGAAAAAACCUAUCUAAACCAACUGUGAUUUCCAAAAAAUGAAUUUCUGCAUUUGUUAAAUGAUGAACUGACUAUGUCGAAGCCAUGCCCUGAUACUGUCAAUCCCAGAGAACAAAGACUUUUCUUUAAUAUAAAGUUGUUUGACAACAUGAAAUUGGCUAAAAGUUCUUGAAUAGUUUCACACACCAUCUCAGUCUAAAAGAAAAGGAAGACAGCUUGUUAAAAAAAAGUAAUGGGAUGUGUGCAAAGUGGAAACUAAUGCUGAGCAAGAACAGUCUCUAAAGCGACGAGACAAACCUGGACUUUUGUGGAGGUGUGUAUCCUGUUUUAUUUAACAUAAAGCCAAGAGCGCUUCAGAAUAGAUAUGACCGUACAAAUCAUCGAACAUGGUGGUGAUAGUGUGACGGACUGGGGCUGCUUCCGGACCAAUAUGGCUACUUUUAAUGAAUUUCUGAUACUGGAUAACUCCAGAAGGAGAAAAUACCCAACCAACAGUUUGUGAUCUGUUCACAGGCCUUUCUGUUACACAGCCGAAAAACUUUCCCCCAAAGUUCACCAGAAACUUCACCUUUAAUGUCUCAAAACAAUAAAGGUUUUUGAGGGGUCUAGUCAGUCUAGACUUAAAGGUACAUAGUCACAAUAAUAGAUUUUUUUUUUAUUAUUACCAUUAACUCAAUGUGGUUGCACAUAGCCUUUUUAUGACAAAUUAUAACCUUUUACUGGCGUUGUAUUUGGGUUUUUAAUGUCCUUUAAGCUUUAUUUUAGUCAGUUUGAUGGUAAAUAAAGCCAUUCUGUGUAUAUUUACAAUAACCACAUCAUGUGACUUGGAUUACAUUUCUGCACAUGAGUAUAUUUGGUCAAUAAGCCGAAGCAAUGGAGCGAUUGUGAAACUACCAGUGUAGUUGUGAAAAAAGUGAAAAGUCCAAGAUUAAGUGUAAAAAGGCACACGAUGACUGGAGUUGCACCGAGAAAACGGUCUGACUGUUCAGGAAGCUUUCCGAUAUCAAAGUUAAUCGACACGUGAGAACAUUUCCUUGCUAACAGUGCUACUGGUGUUACAUUAGUAAUGUUUUUAAGCCGUCAGACGUGUUGG